AUGGUUCGGUUAGUCUUUCGCCCUAUACCCAAAUUUGACGAUCGAUUUGCACGUCAGAACCGCUACGAGCUUCCACUAGUUUCCUCUGGCUUCACCCUAUUCAGGCAUAAUUCACCAUAUUUCGGAAGGAUUCCCAUCAGAAUUACUUUCAUUACGCGUUACGGCAUCCCUAGCGAAUUUAUGAUCACUCUAACAUCUAGACAAUUAAAUCCCACCAACGUUAGCAAGCUAUCGAAAGACGGGGUAACCGUCAGAAGUCAGGUGACUAGCCCAAAAGGGUAUCCGCUGCAAUCCUCAAUCCCGAUCACCACAUUAAUCAAGGUCUAUAAACACUUUUCCGAAGAAAAGCCACCAUCCCUCAAUUUUUAUAUGAUAACCAAAAUUGAUGCUAACUAG